GAGGGAAGAGGAGGAAGCAGCAGUGGAGAAAGUAGAGGCAGAAGUGGAGGCAGCAGUGGAAGAAGAGGAAGCAGCAGCGGAGGAAGUGGAAGAGGAGGAGGAAGUUGAGGUGGAGGCAGAGGAAGCAAACAUGGGGAGGUGUCUGGAUCCAGGCUUCAUGCAGCCACCUGGCCACUAUCAGAGAGGGGCCAAUGGCGCACGAGGAAGGGCACGGAUUGGAGUCCGGAUGGUGGGAAAGCAUGAGAGCUACACCUCUAAGGCUGUAAUGAAGGCCAUGUCCAACCAGUCCAAAGACCACCUGGCUGAAAAGCUGAAGAACUUGAUGCAUGGCAAUUAUGAAAAAGAGAAUCUGAGGAUGAUGGUGGAGGAGGAAGACGUGGCUGUUGCUCCCUUUGAUCCAGGAUCAUGCCCUCGAAGACAAACCAUUUCAAAAUGGAAAGGGAACUACACAUGGGAAGAGAAAGUUCCUGAUGCGGUGGAGGCACAGCUGAGCUGCGAGAGAAACAGAGAGAAGUUUGCCAAAAGAGCAUGUGUUGUGAACCUUGCAACGGGAAAAGCUUCUUGGAGGACACCAAAUCUACUCUCAUGCCUACCACUGGGAGUCCUACCGAAUAACAUUAUGGGCCUUAAGAAUGUGACCAUCACAGAGGAAAAUGCUGGUGAUGUCGCAGAUCAUAUUCUGAAUCUGAUGCUGAUAAAUUCUACCACCUUGAGUCAAGAAGAAAUCAAGGUCCUGGUCAGCAAACUCCGUGACAUUGCCAACCUUGAGGAAAUCGGCGAGACCCUUGCGACGAAGACGUUGAGAAUUAUAAAUGUCUUUAUGACCAAGGAAGCAAACAACCAGGACCUGCAAGCGGAGGUUAACAGCAUGUUACAGAUCAUGGAACAAGUAGGUUUCAAGAUGGCUUUCAGUGGGAGACAGGUCUCCAUCAUCCUGCCCACUCUAGCUUUGGCUCUGACGUGUCCAGAUCCCAUGAGUUUCCAGGGAAUCUCUUUUGUGGUGACUUCCUACGACCGAGAGAUGGAUCCAACGAUUGCUAUCCACCAAACGUCCACCGCUGAAAAGGCUCUGGCUUCAUUAUUUUUGCCUGGAUUGCUGGGGAAGUACUUAAGAGUCCAGUCUUUUGAUCCUGAGGAUCACACAAAAAUCCAGUUUAAUUUCUUCGGCAUGACUUCACUGUUUGAGGACAGCAGCUUCAAGGAUCACAGGCUGAACAGCUACGUUGUGGGUGCCAGCAUUCAAAAUGUGUCUGUUGGAAAUCUCGAGAACCCAGUGAAUAUUAAUUUGCAACACAUAAAGCAAAAUGUGGACGGUGCCCCAGUAUGUGUGUUUUGGGAUUUUAACAAGAACAAUGGCCUCGGCGGCUGGAAUACAUCAGGGUGUGACAUGAAAUAUACCGACAGAAAUCACACAGUUUGUAACUGCAACCACCUGACCCACUUUGGAGUCUUGAUGGACUUAUCUCGAAAACCAGUCGGCAAUGCUACGGAAAGCCAGGCUUUAACACUGGUCUCCCACGUGGGCUGUGGCGUUUCCUCCAUUUUCCUCGGCUUGACUAUUGUGAUCUACCUUUCCAUUGAGAAACUCCAUGGGGAUUACCCCUCCCAGAUCCUCAUCAACCUCUGUUUCGCAUUGCUUAUGCUGAACCUCACCUUCCUGGUGAACUCAUGGCUUUACUCGUUCCACAUCAACGGUCUUUGCAUUGGUGUCGCCGCCGUCCUCCAUUACUUUCUGCUGGCAACCUUCACUUGGAUGGGCCUUGAAGCCAUCCACAUGUACUAUGCCCUCAUCAAAGUCUUCAACAUUUACGUUCCCAACUACAUGGUGAAAUUUUCCGUCGUGGGCUGGGGAAUACCAGCUGUUAUCGUAGUUACUAUUCUCAUUGUAAAAGUCAACUUUUAUGGAGAUGGAUCUCCUUCCAACUCAUUCAUGCUUUUUUGCUGGAUUGAGGACAACCUUGUCUUUUACAUUUCGGUGGUGGCGUAUUUCUGCUUGAUGUUCCUGAUGAACUCCACCAUAUUCAUCGCUGUCCUCCUGCAGAUUCGGACCAUGAAAGGGAAGCACCGAGGGCGAAGCAACUGCGAGAGCUGGCACCGAGACCUGAAGCGGGUGGCCAGCUUGACAUUCUUGCUCGGCUUAACGUGGGGCUUUGCCUUCUUUGCAUGGGGCCCAGUGGAGGAGUUUUUCAUGUAUCCCUUUGCCAUUUGCAACACCCUGCAAGGGUUCUUCAUUUUCAUCUUCCACUGCCUCAUGAAGGAGAACGUGAGGAAGCAGUGCCAAGUGCACUUCUGCUGCGGGAGGCUUCGGCGCAGCCAUUCCGACUGGAGCUUCUCUGCCGUGACUGUGGGACACCAUCCCUCGCGGAACCUCGAGCGGAACCGGUCCUGCCUUUCUCUGAAGUCGCAGAAGUCUUGUGCGACCAGCUCAACGUCUAACGGUUCAGGGAGUUUACCGGGAGCUAGACCCAACAUGAAUGUGGAAACUGACCAAGUUUCUUGCAAUUCUGGAUGUACACCUCUGAAUUAUCAGAAAACCAAGCUUCCUUGUGUGAGAAGAAUCUCACCCAUGGACGUAGAGCCACAUUGCACUCAGAAAACCAAGUUUCUGCCCUGAGGAGCUGCUUGCUUCUUUCUCCCUGGAGCCGUUUGAUUCUCAUGGCCUCAGCAAACAAAGGGCCACUUAAGAUAUUUUGCACCCCUCUGUCCCAAACAAUGGCAAAAGAAUCGGUCACAA